AUGCCGUACCUUUUGCACCAUGAGUUUUUGUGCACGUCCCUUCUUUGCUAUGUUAUUAACGCAGACUCGAGCAGCUACGCGAUCAAGGAUCACCGAAGCAACGUAGACCCGUCGAUCGAGCAAAUUUUCCGAGGACCAAACGACAGGAGCAGCUCUGUGUCGAGUUCCAAACGGAACGUCCCGAUUGAAAACGCGAAAUCCGCGCAGUCGGAGGAGAUCGGGAAACGUGGACGAGUGAAACGCGAGAAUGCAGGUAAAAGGAGCGACUCGAAGAAUUUAAUCGAAGCUUCGCGAAAGGAUGAAAAACGAUCGGUGUCUAAAGCUGGUGAUCCUACUUCGAGAACCAGUCGUUCCUCCAGAGACCUUCCCAACCUUCCAGCCAAAGAUUACGAGAUUCCUCUCGAUCGGGAUAAAUCCGAGUACUCCGACGUAGCCGAGGAUGAUUCUUCCAGCGGUUCGAAGAACAAGGAAGGUAAAUACAAAGGAGGCGAAAUCAACGUUAAAGAGGAUUCCGAGAGGUUCAUCGACCAAGAGGAGAGGUCCAGCUUGUACGAUGAUUUCGAGGCGAAAGACGUGGUUAAAAGAGGAAUUUCUGGGGUGGAAGACUACGAAGAGAUGGAGGACGAUCCUUUUGGAGCUGCGGAGGACGCGGCGUUGGACGAUGGUCAGAUUUCAGACGAGGAGGUCGAUAAGAAAAAGGUGCACAGCGACGUCAGGGUGAAGAGACAGCACGAGAACUUGAAGGAUAGUGGGAUCGUGGAGAUUUCUGGGAAAGCGGAGAAUCCUGGAGCGUCGAGUAACUUGAUUAACGAUGAAAAAUCUCAAGAAGCGUCCUUGAAGCAGGAUUCUGUGAGUGACAGGGACAGCAAAAUAGCUGAAACUCAGGUGAGCAAGGAUUCUACCGAUCAGGGAGAGCAGUUGAAGAGGAACGUUGCGGAGAAGAGCGAGAACGACGCGUCGAAGAUUAGUUCUGAUCGAGACGCGGACAAUUCGAAGCUGUCUUUGAUUACAAGCGAUCAGUCUGAGAUAGAAAGCAACGAGAAUACGAAGUUACUUAAUCGAGACAUUCCAGAUGCCUCGGGAGACAGAAAAACACAGGAAGCUGGCUUGUCGAGUAACACCAAAGGACUGAGCGACAUAGUUAGCGAGCCUUCGAGUCUCAAAGGAGGUUCCAAGGUGGACGAAUCGAAGAUCGCCGAGAUUCAAACUCCAGAGGCGGUGAAGAUCGAAGUUCUCGCGAAUUCUGCAGAAGCUGCGCCCGUGGAAGACUCUGAAAAGCUAGAAAGCUCGAGGAACGAAGUUGCAGCGAAGGAGCAGUUAGACGGAGACUACGAGAAACGCGUGGAGGAACAGAUCCAGAGAAGGAUCGAUUCCAUCAAGGAGGAGAUCAAGCGAGAGAUCGCGGAGAAUCGACGCAUGAAGGAGAUCGAGGAGAACAACGACAAGUUCGACGAGUUGCGCGAGGAAGAAGACGAGGACGAAGAGCAGGCGAUGGAAUACGAGCCUUCGGAGAAGCAGGACAGUUUAUCCAAGAGAUCCCUUCGGAAUUCGGGCAAAUCUCAGGUGCGCGAGAACACCGAGAAGAAAGCUGUGAAAAGAAAGAAGAGGCAAGGUGACGGUGCUCGGGAAAAGGUGCAAGGCUCGAAGAAAUCGCGCGAGAUGAAGAAACGAUCGGUGGGAAAAUCGGAAUCGGAGGACGCAGCUGCUCUAACUGAAACGGCGAGGAAGCGUGAAUUUCCGAGACAGGCGUAUUUGGUGAGGACGGACCGGAAGAAGAAGAGAAAGAGGAGGAGAGCCUUCCGGGCGACCUCGCGUUCGAUUCGAGCUUGCGCGGAGAUCUUGACAAUACAGUCGAAAGUGAGCGAAGAUGAGAAAGCGACGGCGGAACAGGAGUCUUUGGCGGAGAAAAGGUCUGGUUCUGUAGCGUCGCUGACCGGAAAUGGAGAAGAGACGGGACCAUUGGCGACGGAGUACGGAGAAGCGUUUGGAGGUUUGAACGGAGAGCCUGGGAUGGCUCUGGCUAGGUUUAAGAGGAUCAAACGAGUCCUCGGGCCUCAAGCUUCCAAGACCUUGGGGUAG